GGGCCGGGGCGGAUAAAGCGGCGCUGCGGGGGCGGCUCGGCAGCGCCGCGGCUCAGGCCGUGCGGUGCGAGCGAUCCGCGGCCCCGCGCCGGACCCCCCUGCCCUGCCCGGCCCCGCCCGGCCCCGCCGGAGCCCGCACACGGCCCAGGUUUAGAUCUGCACAAGAACCAAGAUCAGGAACCAUGGCAUCCAUCCCAUCCAGCGGCUCGCUCAUGGCCACGCACAACUAUCGCAGAAGGCGCCUGAGCUCCACAUCCAGCACCAGCUCCUGCAGCUCAGAGUACUCUGGGGAGGUCAUCCCCCAUGGCCCGGACCUGCCCAAGUCUGACCCCGGCCAGUGGUGGGCCAGCUUCUUCUUUGGGAAGACAGCUCACCCGGCCAUGACGACGGUGUCAGAGUCCCAGCAGAGCCUGGGAGCUCUGCGGGCGGCCACAGGAGCCAUGGCCUGCGGGCUGGUGGCAGCCCCGGGCGCAGGGCGGAGGCGCCACGCCAGCGAGUCCAGCGCGGGCCCCGCGGUGUGAUGCGGGCGAGCAUCCCGGGCGAGCAUCCCGCCUCGGGAAUGCUCCCUCCCACCCCGGCGGGCACAGCCCCUCCCCUGUAGAAUAGCCGGCUGCUCCAAGCAAAAAUGCGCCGCUUUCUGAUGGAACAGCGCAGCAACCCCGAAGAUUCCACUCCAGCCUUUUUUACUCUCUCCCGGUGUAACUAAGCCCUCUCGAAGCUGAUGUGGUAACACGUUUUUAUUACCUUCAACUCGCACCAUGGCAAUGAAUAAACUUGAGCAGCCUUUUAAAA